AAACACGGUAUAAAGCAUCUAAUGACCGUUUUGCAUCCAAUUAAACGACAUCUGUAGAAGCUCACCGACACAGACUGCAGCAGCGCAUCUACAGUAACACGCCUCUCUCAGAACAAUCAGACAGUAUGGGAUAUUUAAAACUAAUCGAGAUCGAAAAUUUCAAAUCCUAUAAAGGACGCCAAAUAAUAGGACCGUUUCACAAGUUUACUGCAAUAAUUGGACCAAAUGGAUCAGGGAAGUCCAACCUGAUGGACGCCAUCAGUUUUGUAUUAGCAGAGAAGACCAGUAACUUACGUGUUAAAACCCUGAAGGAUCUCAUCCAUGGAGCACCAGUGGGAAAACCAGCAGCAAACCGUGCCUUCGUGAGCAUGGUGUACUGCGAGGACAAUGGGGAUGAAUGCACUUUCACACGGGCCAUCAUUGGUUCUUCGUCAGAGUACCGAAUCAACAGUAAAGUGGUCGGGCUCUCAGAUUACAGUGAGGAACUGGAGAAACUGGGUAUACUUAUUAAGGCCAGAAACUUUCUUGUGUUCCAGGGUGCAGUGGAGUCUAUAGCCAUGAAGAAUCCUAAAGAGAGGACGGCUUUGUUUGAGGAAAUUUCCCGUUCUGGUGAAUUGGCCCAGGAAUAUGACCGCAGAAAGAAAGAGAUGGUGAAAGCAGAAGAGGACACACAGUUCAGCUAUCACCGUAAGAAGAACAUUGCAGCAGAGCGCAAAGAAGCCAAGCAGGAAAAAGAGGAGGCCGAGAGGUACCAGAGACUGAAGGAUGAGGUUGUCAGGGCUCAUGUUCAGCUACAGCUCUUUAAACUCUACCAUAAUGAGGAGGAGAUCGAGAAACUGAACCGAGAGUUGUCUCAACGCAACCGUGAGAUUGAUAAAGACAGAAAGAAGAUGGAUCAUGUGGAGGAAGAGCUCAAGGACAAGAAGAAAGAGCUUGGAAGAAUGAUGAGAGAUCAGCAAAAUGUGGAGAAGGAGAUAAAAGAGAAAGAUGCUGAGCUGAACCAAAAACGGCCACAGUAUAUCAAGGCCAAGGAGAACACGGCCCAUAAAAUUAAGAAGCUGGAGGUGGCUCGAAAGUCUUUGCAGAACGCCCAGAAGAUGUACAAGAAGCGUAAGGCGGACAUUGAGGAACUAGACCGUGAGCAGGGGGCUGUGGAGAUGUCAAGGCAGGAAUUUGAAGAGCGGAUGGAAGAAGAGGCACAGAGUCAAGGUCAAGAUCUGACGCUGGAGGAGAACCAGGUGAAACAGUAUCACAGGCUGAAGGAGGAGGCUAGUAAGCGAGCAGCUACUUUGGCACAGGAGCUGGAGAAAUUUAACAGAGACCAAAAGGCUGACCAGGAUAGACUAGAUCUGGAGGAGAGGAAGAAAAUUGAGACUGAGGCCAAAAUAAAGCAGAAGAUCCGAGAGAUUGAAGAAAACCAGAAGCGUAUUGAAAAGCUGGAGGACUAUAUUGCGACCAGCAGACAGUCUCUGGAUGAACAGAGGCGUAUGGAAGAGGAAUUGACUGAGGAAGUGGAGCUGGCCAAAAGAAGGAUUGAUGAGAUAAACAUGGAGUUAAACCAAGUGAUGGAGCAACUUGGAGAUGCUCGCAUUGACAGGCAGGAAAACAGCCGUCAGCAGCGCAAAGCUGAAAUUAUGGAGAGCAUUAAACGGCUCUACCCUGGCUCAGUGUAUGGCAGACUGAUCGACUUAUGCCAGCCAACCCAGAAGAAAUACCAGAUUGCUGUGACCAAAGUUUUGGGAAAAAACAUGGAUGCCAUCAUUGUGGACUCUGAGAAAACUGGCAGAGAUUGCAUCCAGUACAUUAAAGAGCAAAGAGGAGAACCUGAGACUUUUCUACCCCUUGACUAUUUGGAGGUGAAACCCACAGAUGAGAAACUGAGAGAGCUUCGGGGGGCUAAGCUGGUGAUUGACGUGAUCCGCUACGAGCCCCCACACAUAAAGAAAGCCCUUCAGUAUGCCUGUGGAAAUGCUUUAGUGUGUGAAAAUGUGGAGGACGCUCGCAGAAUUGCCUUUGGAGGACCAUAUCGACAUAAGACUGUGGCCUUGGAUGGCACUCUCUUCCAAAAGUCAGGUGUGAUCUCUGGAGGAGCUAGUGACCUGAAAGCCAAGGCUCGGCGCUGGGAUGAGAAAGCUGUGGACAAACUUAAGGAAAAGAAAGAGAAACUGACAGAGGAAUUGAAGGAACAAAUGAAAGCAAAGAGGAAGGAGGCAGAGCUCAGACAAGUCCAGUCUCAGGCUCACGGACUGCAGAUGAGACUCAAAUACUCUCAGAGUGAUCUGGAACAGACAAAAACCCGCCACCUCUCUCUAAACAUGCAGGAGAAAUCAAAGUUGGAGAGUGAGCUGGCAAAUUUUGGUCCACGAAUCAAUGACAUCAAGCGAAUCAUCCAAUCACGAGAGAGGGACAUAACACAGCUAAGAGAUCGUAUGAACCUGGUGGAGGAUGAGGUCUUUUUUGAAUUCUGCAAAGAGAUUGGUGUGCGAAAUAUUAGAGAGUUUGAAGAAGAAAAAGUGAAGCGCCAAAACGAGAUUGCCAAAAAACGGUUAGAGUUUGAGACCCAAAAGACCCGCCUGGCCAUUCAACUGGAUUAUGAAAAGAACCAGUUGAAGGAGGACCAGGAGAAAGUCAUGAUGUGGGAGCAGACUGUGAAGAAGGAUGAGAACGAGAUUGAAAGACUUAAAAAGGAGGAACACAGGCACAUGAAGAUCAUUGAUGAGACUAUGGCGCAGCUACAGGACCUGAAGAACCAGCACCUCACUAAGAAAGGAGAAGUUAAUGACAAGAACCGAGAGAUGGAGGAAAUCCGCAAGAAACUGGGCUCGGCCAACAAAGAGCUGACCCAGCUGCAGAAGGAAGUAACCGCCAUUGAGACCAAACUGGAACAGAAACGCAGUGACCGACACAACUUACUGCAAGCAUGCAAGAUGCAGGACAUCAAACUGCCCCUCAAAUCAGGGACAAUGGAUGACAUCAGCCAGGGAGAGGGAGGCUCACAAGCUGAAGAUGCGAUCAGCAGCCCAAAGGCAUCAAGUUCGGUUCAUGCCAAAGAGGCCCUUAUUGAGAUUGACUACAGCAACCUGAAUGAGGACCUCAAGGAUGCUCUGUCAGAAGACGAGAUCAAAGGAGAGAUGAACACCCUCCAGCAGAGGCUGAACGAGCAGCAGAGUAUCCUGCAGAGAAUCAGCGCUCCCAACAUGAAGGCCAUGGAGAAACUGGAGAGCGUCAGAGACAAGUUCCAGGAGACCAGUGAUGAGUUUGAAGCUGCCCGGAAAAGAGCAAAGAAAGCCAAACAAGCAUUUGAGCAGAUCAAAAAAGAGAGGUUUGACCGUUUCAAUGCCUGUUUUGAGUCUGUUGCCACAAACAUUGAUGAGAUCUACAAAUCACUGUCACGUAACAGCAGUGCACAGGCAUUCCUUGGACCAGAGAACCCAGAAGAACCUUAUUUAGAUGGAAUCAACUACAACUGUGUGGCCCCAGGAAAGAGGUUCAGGCCCAUGGAUAACCUUUCAGGAGGAGAGAAGACUGUGGCAGCUUUAGCUCUUCUUUUUGCCAUUCACAGCUAUAAGCCUGCACCUUUCUUUGUCCUGGAUGAGAUUGAUGCUGCUUUGGAUAAUACCAACAUUGGCAAGGUGGCCAACUACAUAAAGGACCAGUCCGUCCAGAAUUUCCAGGCCAUUGUUAUCUCUCUCAAAGAGGAGUUCUACACAAAAGCUGACUCUCUCAUUGGAGUUUACCCUGAGCAAGGAGAUUGUGUCAUCAGUAAGGUGCUGACCUUUGAUCUUUCUCAGUAUCCAGACGCCAAUCCUAAUCCUAAUGAUUAGGUUGUGUUGAUCUAAAUUUAUUUGUAGACAGCUGAGUGAAUGAUUAGUACCUUUUCAAAACAUGACUAUAAUCAUUGAUGUUGACUUUUAUUUAAAUGCAGAAUGUAGCUAUAUAAUGUCUCCAGUUGUAUUCCAUAUAGUGUGCAUGAUUGUGUAAGUAUUAAAACAACACUCCUCUCAUUAAAAAAAACUCCACUAGAAAUAAUCAGUUGAGUAAGCUCUCAGCUUAGCAUAGAUCAUUGACCAGUAGCAUCUCGCUCAAAAAUAAACAAACAAGUUUUGAUAAUUUUCCUAUUUAUUUUUUGAAAAUAGGCUUAUUUUACAACUCCCUUAUGGGUGAACAGUUGAGUUUUACCAUUUUUUUAACUGAUAUCCACGUCUGGCGAAGCACUUAGCUUAGCGUAGAUCAUUGACCAGUAGCAUCCCGCUCAAAAAUGAGUUUUUACUAUUUAAAUCCUGACUCUUCUAGAGUUACAUUGUGUACUAAGACUAAGAAGUUGCUAUUUUCUAGGCCAAUAUGGCUAGGAACUAUACACUUAUUUCGCUGUGUAAUAUCAUUGCAAAGUUCCUUGAUCAUUACACUGAAAUGAGAGUAAAGUUCUUAGCCAUACUGCAUAGAAAAUUGCAUCUUUUCAUUUUACGUCACAAUGUUUAAUGGUUUAUGCUAAGCCAAAUCACCCUGAAGCCCAAGACUGGUUACUCACUGCAGCUAAGCAGGGCUGAGCUUGGUUAGUACCUGGAAAGGAGACCACAUGGAAAAACUAGGUUGCUGUUGGAAGUUGUGUUAGUGAGGCCAGCAGGGGGUGGUCAGCCUAAUGCCCCAGUUAAGUAAAGGGGACGCAAUACUGUCAGUAAGCACCAUCUUUUGGAUCAGACAUUAAACCGAGGUCCUGACUCUCUGUGGUUAUUAAAAAUUCCAUGGCACUUCUCGUAAAGAGCAAGGGUGUAACCCUGGUGCCCUCGCCAAAUACCCUCCAUCGGCCUCUACCCAUUAUGACCUCUCAAUCAUUCCCAUCUGCCGAAUUGGCUCUAUCACUGUCUCUCCACUCCCCCAAUAGCUGGUGUGUGGUGAGCGCACUGGCGCCGUUGUCCUGUGGCUGCCAUCCAACUGGAUGCUACACACUGGUGGUAGUGUGGAGAGACCCCCCUUUAAUGAUUGUGAGGUGCUUUGGGUGUAUGGCCAUACACAAUAAAUGCGCUAUAUAAAAACACAUUACUAACUUGCUUGCUUACAAGCUAAAAGUGCUCCUGCCAGACCCGGAGAUCGUCUGAAUGAAUUCAACAAUGGUAAAAAAAUAAACUCCUUAAUUCUAGGGGAGUUUAAUAAAAAAGUUGAGUGUUCCUUCAAUAUUAUUGUUGUGUUUUAAUAGUUGUUGUUCUGUGAAUAUUAGAUGUGUUUAAACAGCUUUUCUUGUUCUGUGUAGAUCUGUGGUGUUACUAAUAUUGACUGCACUAUGUAGCAACAGAAUGUCUUAGCUGCCUUUUGUCAAGUGUGCCUUGUGGAUGAUCCAUUCAUUCAGUAUAAUGUGGAAUAAGCAGUAUUUCUUCCUAUUUCUGUCCUCAUGGGUCAGUACUGUGUGUUAUGUCUAAACUGUAAUCAAACUCAAAAUAAGCGCUUGUGUCAGGUUCAUAGCCCUUUCCAUCAACAUGGUACAGUAUUCUUCACUAGUCAGAGAUGACACAGUAGAUUAGUGGCUAGAACUUUCACCUCACAGCAAGAAGAUCGCUGGUUCGAGUCCCGGCUGGGUUAGUUGGCAUUUCUGUGUGGAGUUUGCAUGUUCUCCCCGUGUUGGUGUGGGUUUUCCCUGGGUGCUCUGGUUUCCCCCACCGUCCAAAGACAUGCGAUAUAGGUGAAUUGAAUAAACUAAAUUGUCCGUAGUGUGUGUUUGUGAAUGAGUGUGUAUGGGUGUUUCCCAGUACUGGGUUGCAGCUGGAAGGGCAUCCGCUGUGUAAAACAUAUGCUGGAUAAAUGAGUGGUUCAUUCCACUGUGGCGACCCCUGAUGAAUAAAGGGACUAAGCCGUAGGAAAAUGAUUUAAUUAAUUUAUUUAUUUACCCAAAAUAAAUGUUAUGUACUUUAUGUACAUUAUGUACUUUCACUACAACGGGGAUAAAAAUCAUGCUUUGGUAAUUUAGGCAAUAAAAUAUUUAAAGUCAAGAUUAUGAGAUUUGACUAGAAUUAUGACUUUACCUCAUAAUUAUGACUUUCUAUGUUUUUAUGUAUGUUUUAAGUAUGACCUAGUAUCUUAAAAUUAUGACCUAGUAUAUCAUAAUGUGGACGUUUUAUGUCUGUUUCAAAUUUCAUGUCAAUGUAGACUUUUUAAUCACAAUUAUGA